UGUGUACGUCAUUUGUCAACCUUAAGCCAGUACAUUCGGACGAUCGCAUCCAAGGUACGAUAUCCGUUCCGUAUUAAUAUACCACGGUUGUAAAAUUGUUUAAAGAGUUAAUAAACGCGUUCCAAUGGCUAAAAUAAGGUUCACUUCAAUUUUUGGAAUUGGAUUUCUAGUAAGUGUAGCCGCUCAAGCUAAUUUUAUAAGACCAAGAUGCUCGAACAACCGAUUGAACGUAGACUUCCCAAGACUGGAAAAUGUUAAUACUUUCGAUGAAUUUAUCCAACAAACUGGACGCGUGUACAGCAAUGAGCAGGAAAAACAAAUGCGUGAAACAAUUUUUGUCGCGAAAAAGAAUCUUGUUGAUGUCAGUAAUAAGGCUUUCACUAAUGGGAUAUCGUCAUAUGAGCUCGGUAUAAAUCCCUUUGCUGAUCGAACAAUAUUUGAGUUCAGCCAACUUCAUGGAUCAAAAAUCUCACCAAUUGGAGAGCAAAGAGUUGGAAAACAUCGGAACUAUGUCAAAAAGGAUCUCUCAAAAAAUCUACCUGACAGAUUCGAUUGGCGUGACCUUGGAGGAGUGACUUCAGCUAAAUUUCAGGGCAUGGACUGCGGUAGUUGUUGGUCUUUUGCUGUGAUUGGAGCCUUAGAAGGACAUUUAUUUAGAAAAAUUGGGUUUUUGGUACCUCUUUCGGCGCAAGACUUAGUAGACUGCGCUGAAUCUUAUGGAAGCAUGGGCUGUGAGGGUGGUUUCCAGGACUAUGGCUUUGAGUACAUUGUCGAGCAUGGAAUUGCAUUGGAAGCUCGGUAUCCCUACACAGAAAUGGAAAACCCUCAAUGCCAUCACAAUGAAACUGGGAUAGGUAUUAAAAUAAGAGACUAUGCCAGUAUUAAACCAGGUGAUGAGGAGAGAAUGAAAGAAGUUAUUGCCACUUUGGGACCAAUAGCUUGUUCUAUGCAAGCAAAUCUAAAUUCUUUCCAAUUGUACAAAGGGGGGCUGUACACCGAUGACGAGUGCAAUAAGGGAGAAGUCAACCAUUCUGUUGUUGUUGUGGGCUAUGGCACAGAAAAUGGUAAUGAUUAUUGGAUAAUUAAAAAUUCUUACUCGGCGAAUUGGGGAGAAAAUGGAUUCAUGAAAUUGCCGCGUAAUAGGAAUGGCUUCUGUGGGAUUGCUUCAGAAUGCAGUUAUCCUGUGCUGUAAUUGUAAAUAUGGGAUUUUGUUCACACAUUACGCAUUACAAAAAUUACAUAAAAUCAUGUUUCUAGUUUUACAAUAUUGAUUAAGGUUGGUCAUAUGUACUUACAAAUUUAAGGCUUAAAAAACGGAGGUAACACAAUAUGAUAAUGGAAUUUUGUAGCUCAAUUUCAAAAUCAAGUUGUAAGAAAAAAAAGUAUUAAGUAACUGACGGUAUUUAUAAGAAAAAUAUAAUCUGUUCUGUGUAAGUGUUACCUUAUUGUAUGUUUGACACCUUUAUAAAAUCC